CAUACCCUCUAUUGCUAUCAUGGUUCCCGACAUGGUUGUGCGGGAAGAAAAAUUUGAACGGAAAAAGAGUUGAAGUAGAGCGUGUGAUUCUCUUGUGAGCAGUGUGAUAAUCUCCGAAAAUGAGUGUGGACGCAUACGGCCCCAGUUCGCAAAGUCUCACCUUCUACGACACCGAGGAAGCCGACCUUUUGGGGGCUGACACUCAGGGCUCUGAGUACGAGUUCAACCUCACCCUCGGCAGUCAGACCCAGACUCAAGGAGACCCACUAGACAAGACUCAGCCUAGCCAGAGUCAGGUGACAGUCAAUGGAGAUGUAGGGGAACCUGAAGUUGAGAAGACAACAGAAGCACUCGGUGAUCUACAAUUUGAGGAAGAGGAUGAUGAAAAUGCUUUUUAUACCAAGGAACUUCCCGAAUGGGCGUGCCGCUACUGUGGGAUCCAUGAUCCGGCAUCAGCCGUCAUGUGCAAUGUGUGUCACAAGUGGUUCUGCAAUGGUCGUGGCAACACCUCGGGCUCGCAUAUUAUCAACCAUCUUGUUCGUGCCAAGCACAAGGAAGUGAGUCUUCACAAGGAUGGAUUGGUGCGAGAUACUGUUCUGGAGUGUUAUGCAUGUGCCGUCAAGAAUGUGUUUGUGCUGGGCUUUAUUCCUGCCAAAGCUGAAUCUGUGGUGGUUCUCUUGUGUCGGCAACCAUGCGCUGCGCAGAGUUCUCUUAGAGAUAUGAAUUGGGAUCCAGAACAGUGGAAACCUUUGAUCAAUGACCGUGCUCUCUUACCUUGGCUGGUGCGUGUGCCUUCAGAAGCUGAACAACUCCGUGCACGCCAGAUUACUGCCCAGCAGAUUAAUAAGCUGGAAGAACUAUGGAAGGAGAAUGCUUCAGCAACAUUUGAUGAUCUGGAGCGUCCAGGGGUGGAUGAAGAGCCUCAGCAGGUUUGCCUCAGAUAUGAGGAUGGAUUCCAAUAUCAGAAUAUAUUUGGACCUUUAGUGAAGUUAGAAGCUGAUUAUGAUAAGAAACUCAAGGAAUCCCAGACCCAGGACAAGAUUGAAGUGCGGUGGGAUAUUGGUUUAAACAAGAAGAUUUGUGCCUAUUUUACUCUUGCCAAAACUGAUGGAGAUAUGCGGUUGAUGCAUGGUGAUGAAUUACGCCUUAGGUACUUGGGUGACCUUCACAAACCCUGGUCUGGAGUUGGACAUGUCAUUAAGAUACCAGACAAUUUUGGAGAAGAAGUUGGGAUUGAGCUCAAGUCCAAUGUGGGUGUUCCCACAGACUGUAGAGAUAAAUUUGUAGUGGACUUUGUAUGGAAGUCGACCAGCUUUGAUAGGAUGCAAGCAGCUUUGCGAAAAUUUGCUGUAGACGACUCCUCGGUGUCUCCUUAUAUCUAUCACCGACUGUUGGGUCAUGUAGAAGUGGAUGAGCUUAUAUUCCGCCAUAUUCAUCUGCCGAAACAGCUAUCGGCUCCAAAUCUUCCUACCUUGAACAAUUCUCAGCAAUAUGCCCUGAAACAUGCCUUGCAACGACCCUUGUCACUGAUCCAAGGUCCUCCAGGCACGGGCAAGACGGUGACCUCGGCCACCAUUGUUUACCAGUUAGUGAAGCAGACUGGUGGCUCCGUCCUGGUGUGUGCCCCUUCCAACACUGCUGUCGACCAGCUCACUGAGAAGAUUCAUAAGACUGGGCUUAAGGUUGUCCGGUUGUGCGCCAAGUCCCGAGAAGCCAUUGAUUCUCCAGUUUCUUUCUUGGCCUUGCAUAAUCAGAUCCGCAGUCUUGAAGACAAUGGUGAGCUCCAGAAGCUGCAGCAGCUGAAGGAAGAAACGGGAGAGCUGUCCUCGGCAGAUGAGAAACGCUACCGCAUGUUGAAGAAGCAGGCAGAAAAAACUUUGCUGGAAGCUGCUGAUGUCAUUUGUUGCACUUGUGUUGGUGCUGGUGAUCCGAGAUUGGCACGCCUUAAAUUCCACUCCAUUCUCAUAGACGAGUCUAUGCAAGCCACCGAACCAGAGUGCAUGGUGCCGGUUGUUCUUGGUGCAAAGCAAGUUAUCCUUGUGGGUGACCAUUGCCAGCUGGGGCCAGUUGUGAUGUGCAAGAAAGCCUCAAGGGCAGGCCUCUCCCAGUCCCUCUUUGAAAGACUUGUUGUUUUGGGCAUAAGACCAUUCCGCCUUACCGUCCAGUAUCGUAUGCAUCCACAGUUGGCACAGUUUCCCUCAAACUUUUUCUAUGAGGGGUCUCUUCAGAAUGGUGUUGCUGACGCGGAUCGCACAAUGAAGGGUGUAAGUUUUCCUUGGCCACAAGCAGACAAGCCUCAGUUCUUCUAUGUUACAUCAGGCCAGGAAGAAAUCGCUGGCUCGGGUACUUCUUAUUUGAAUCGCACGGAGGCAGCCAGCGUGGAAAAGUUGGUAACCCGCUUCCUGAACUGCGGUGUGAAGCCCGAACAGAUAGGCGUUAUCACACCGUAUGAAGGCCAAAGGGCUUAUCUGGUUCAGUAUAUGCAAUAUCAAGGGCCUUUAAACCAGAAGCUUUAUCAGCGUUUAGAGGUUGCAAGUGUGGACGCCUUUCAGGGUCGGGAAAAGGAUCUCAUUAUCAUGUCGUGUGUGCGGUCCAACGAACAUCAGGGUAUUGGCUUUCUCUCUGAUCCCCGAAGACUUAAUGUGGCCCUGACUCGCGCUCGUUAUGGCAUCAUCAUUGUCGGCAAUCCCAAAGUACUCUCUAAGCAAGGGUUAUGGAACCAUCUGCUGCAUCAUUUUAAGGAGAAGAAGGUCCUGGUGGAAGGUCCACUGAACAACUUGAAAGAAUCAAUGAUGCAGUUCAGCAAACCAAAAAGGCUUAUCAAUGCCACCAAUCCAGGUUCUCACUUCAUGAACACAGCUAUGUAUGAUGCCAGAGAAGCCAUGGUUCCUGGUUCCAUGUAUGAUCGCUCCGGCCCUAUCAAUGGUUCUGCUCCCACAACUUCACCAUAUUUCAGAGGACCUCAGUUUGACAUGUACGGGCGUGCACACGAUUCCCUAGAUUACAUCUCUACUGAUCAUUCACAACCUGGGCUCAAUAACUUGCCCGUACCAGUUGGCAUGUUCAUGAACAUGGCCCACGUGCCUCCACGAUUCUAUCAGCAACACCAGCAGGCUCUGGCACAAGCCCGGGGUGGCCGUGGCGGGGCACGUGGGGGUAGAGCCGGGUCCAGGAAGCUUACGAAGAACAUGGGCGGAGCGGGGACUCUUCAGCUGUCGCAACCCUUCAGUCAAGACCCCUCAAUGCAGAACUAUUCUCAGCCUGGCCUCACACAGGGGCACUUGUCACAGGGUAUGUCUGGACCUGGACUGAGUGGUUUGUCCCAAGGACUGUCUCAGGCAGAAUUGUCUCAAGAUUCAUACAUGGUUGACCAGUUCCAAAGCCAGACAGAUGGCCUCCUCUCCCAAGACUCUACUUACCAGGGUGACCGUGCGUUCUUCACACCAGCAUCACAAACGCACCACUUCUCACAGCCGUACUGAUGGCAGACUUGAAGAGAUCCCCUGGCGCAUGAAGGCGAUGAAGCAGCGCACCAGAGCAGCAAAACAGCAAGUGGAGUAACAGAAGGGCACCCACAGCAGGCACAGAAGCAACAGCAGCGGCACAAAGAAUAGCAGGCUAAAGCAAUCACCUGUUGUGGUCAAGUCACAUGCUGACCUUAUUGCUACGAAUGCUACUGGCAGGAAGCUUUGAUUUGCAGAAAUGUCAUGCUAGAUUUGACAGAAGCCUUUGACAAUUAUCAUUGGUUUUCUCAAAGGUUGAUGGUAAUAGUCUCAAAUAAUGCUUUGGGUCUAGUAAUAUUCCCGGGUUAAUGUUGGUUUAGAGAGAAGAUUCCUUCUCACAUCUAAGCAUUUUAAAGGCAGAAAAAAAAUUCCUGGGAAAUUCCAUGACAGGAGAUAGAUUUUCGUAGCAAGAAUGAGGCAAGGAUACGAGGUGAAGAGCAAGGAUAGGUAGCUUCCAGCUUCCUAUGCAUGGGUGUAGACGUGACUCUUGCAUGGCCACUGGUGAUUGCUGUGCUGUCUCGACGUGCCCGUGUCCUGACCGGUGGUGAGGCCCACACACUCCUCAAUCGCCUACUCGCACCACUGGCAGCUACCAAGUGGAGCAGCAAGAGUAGUAGGAGAGACUCCCAGGAUAUACCCGACAUCCAAUUUUUCCCAUCACUUUUUCUAUUUCUUUUAUGUAAUUUUUUUUUUGUAAUAAAUCUGUUCAUUAUAUGCUGGGUAUUUGGUUUUAGUUGCAUAGGUGUGUAUGAUAUCAAACACCUGUGGUUACUCUGUUGUGUACUUAAUUUACGUUUUACACUCGACUAAUAAAUUGAACGUGUUUAUUCAGGCGGCAGUACAGUGAGAGAUGGUUGGUAUACUGUACCUAAAUUUUAGUUAAUAUCUACACAAGUGUUAAAAAAAAUGUAAUUUUAAUUUCAUUAUAUGUUCUGUACUUCAGUAAAAAAAAAAAUUUUUUUAGUAUGGUGCAAGUACAAAUUAUUAAAGUGAAUACUGCCAUAUAUGAUGUUGCAUGAACUAAUGAUGCCAUGUUUAUGUAAUCAUGUACAAGACUUGUAGCAGGCUUUGUUCAAUGAGGAAACAGGAUUAGGGCAGUCAAAGUGCCGAGAACGUGUGUCUCCAUUCGUUUGUUUUUUCUUAUUAACUAUUCCAUCACAAUUGUCUUGAAAGACAAUCUAUUCCAAUAAUAAUUUUGACCAUACUGUAGGGAUCACUGACUUCCCUGAUACCAAGAGAACUGAUUCUUCACUAAUACUUCUACAGUUGUUUGGACUUGAUUUCCAAGGCAGUUAUGUUUCUUUUUUUAUUUCUUCUCAAGACUAUCAGCUUCUGUCGUAAGCUGUGAAUUAUCUGAUUAGCUUUGAUUUCAGUUGGCACAAGUUACAUGAAGUGCAUUCUUCAAUGUUUCAUAAUGUGUAACUUUUGUCAAAUGCAGCAGUAUUUGUCAGAUUUUUCCUUCCUUUUUCUUGUGGUGAUUUCUCUUUUUUUAUUCUCAAAGUUGAAUCUUCUAAUCAAAUCCAUAUUGAAGAUUUUUUAAAAGUUCUUCAGGAGACUGAACUGUUUUAAUUCUCACUUUUUUCAUUCAUGAAAUUGACUCCUAUGACUCAAAAACUAGUCUGUUUACAAUAUAUAUUUUUUACUUUGAAUAUGGGUUCUAUUUUUUUUAUCAUAGGAGUUUGCAAUAUUACUUUUUAUUUUCUGUGCUCUUAGGUGGCAUGAUUAUCCCCUAAUAUGAGCAUCUUUAUCUUUUCUUAAAUUGGGCCUGAAAUAUUAUUUUUCUGAAUUUGUCCCACUGAAAAAAAGUUGAAAAUAAAAUUUGAAAGUUA